AGAAUUCACACAGGAGAGAAGCCAUUUUCAUGUUCAGAAUGUGGGAAAUGUUUUCACCGUAAUUCAUCUCUUCUUAAACAUCAGAGGAUUCACAAAGGGGAGAAGCCAUUUUCAUGUUCAGAAUGUGGGAGAUGUUUUCGCUACAAAUCAGCUCUUGUCACACAUCAGAGAAUUCAUACAAGUAAGAAGCCAUUAUCAUGUUCAGAGUGUGGUGAAUGUUUUCAGAAGAAAUCAGCUUUUCUUAUUCAUCAGAAAAUUCACACAGGAGAUGAGCUAUUUUCAUGUUCAGAAUGUGGUAAAUUUUUUAACCAUAAAUCACAUCUUGUUAUCCACCAGAGAACUCAUACAGGGGAUAAGCCAUUUUCAUGUUCAGAAUGUGAUAAAUGUUUUAACAGUAAAUCUGCUCUCGUUAUCCAUCAGACAAUUCACACAGGAGAGAAGCUAUUUUCAUGUUCAGAAUGUGGGAAAUGUUUUAACCAGAUAUCACAUCUUGUUAUCCAUCAGACAAUUCACACAGGAGAGAAGGUAUUUUCAUGUUCAGAAUGUGGUAAAUGUUUUAACCAUAAAUCACAUCUUGUUGUACAUCAGAGAACUCACACAGGGGAGAAGCCAUUUUCAUGUUCAGAAUGUGGGAAAUGUUUUAACCGUAAAUCACAUCUUGGUAUACAUCAGAGAAUUCACACAGGAGAGAGGCCAUUUUCAUGUUCAGAAUGUGGUAAAUGUUUUCAACAAAAAUCAGUUCUUGUUAAACAUCAGAGAAUUCACACAGGAGAGAGGCCGUUUUCGUGUUCAGAGUGUGGGAAAUGUUUUAGGCAUAAAUCAGUUCUUAUUACACAUCAAAAAACUCACACAUAAGAGAAGGUAUCUUCAUGCUUAGCCCGUUAGUGACCACCCUUACAUGUUUUUAUGGUGGUCACUAACUGACUUUAUUCCAUCAGAUACUUUUUUUAUUUUUAUAUACAGAGACCCCAAUUGACUCUGCUCUUACUGGAUGGUUUUGGACAUUGGCCCUUAAAGGGGCUGUCUCAUCAUGGACAAUGGGGGCAUAUCACUA